AUGGUGCUGGACCUGAGCACCGCGUCCAGCAUUCAGUCCAGCGGGUCAGUCCAUUCAUCACGCCAGUCGGACGAGGGCAGUGACGAGGGCAUCCUAUUGGACGACCUGGAGGAGGAUGGGGAGGAGGGAGGGGUCAGUGACGGGGAGGACUGCUCCCAGCAUACCCCGGGGCAGGUAGGGACCGGGGGGCGGCGGGACCAGGCCGGCGUGGGAGGAGACGGAGGAAGAUCGGAAGAAGGUCUGACUGGCGCCGACCCCUCCUCCUCGCCGACCCUCCUGUCUUCCACGGGUGGCAGUGGUGGGAUCCUGUGCAGCAUCUGCCACAAAAUGUACAGCAACAAAGGGACCCUGCGCGUACACUACAAGACUGUGCACCUGCGCGAGAUGCACAAGUGCAAAGUGGCUGGCUGCAACAUGAUGUUCUCCUCGGUGCGCAGCCGCAACCGCCACUCCCAGAACCCCAACCUCCACAAAAACAACGUGCCCUUCACCACCAUGGUAGACUAG